GAGCUAUAAAGCUGAUUCCUCAUGUCCUAUGCUUCCAGUUCUCCUGCACAAGUCAUUUACAGCGCACAAGCAGCGGCAAAGGACACGUGCAGGCUGCCUUUGAGCUGGUUCACGCGCCGCCAAGUUGCAGCCUAACCUCCUGCCUCGAUGGUCAAUAGCAGUGAGCUGUCGGAUCGCACGGUGACGCGAGCCUGGAUGAUGUACAGCUGCCGUCGUCCACGUGACUUUUGGUUGUUGGCUUUGGCACUGUUGGUGACGACUGGUUGGACAGCAGGCCAGACGGACAGUGGCCUGAACGACGCCCUGCGCACGCUACUGGUGGACAGUCACAACAGGUUCCGCGCUGCAGUGAGCGCCACCAACAUGCUGCAAAUGAGGUGGAACUAUCGGCUGGAGCAGCUGUCAGCAGACUGGGUGUCGCAGUGUACUUUCAGGCAUCAGGAGAAUCCUUCGUGGGGUGAGAAUCUAUUCCGUUCUGACUUUAAUCUGGACGAACAGGCUAUUAUAUACAGCGCCCUGGACUCGUGGAACCUAGAAGAGGCUUUCUUCAAGGGUGACCCCAACUGUUGUAAUGCUCCUUUGAACACCACACUGUGCUGCAGCUACACACAGAUGAUGUGGGCCACGACCCGGGACGUAGGUUGUGCUCUGAAAAAAUGUCCGCUGCUGACGUCCGCUGAUAUCAACUAUACAAACGCAUGGUUCUUGGCCUGCUACUACAGCCCCGCGGGGAAUGUCGAAAGUGUCAGCCAACCCUUCGAGGAAGGCGGUACCCCCUGCAGCGCCUGCCCCUUCUCCUACUCUUCUUGCGAAAACAACCUGUGCGCGCCGUCACCCUGGUGUAAAGGUAAUCUGUAGAUAAAGGCAAUCUGGUUGGUGUCACCCGGUCGCCCAAGAUGCCCACGUGCUUGAUGCCAUUUCGCUGUAGCGAACUCAUCUUAAAGCCCAAGUAGAAUUCGGUGGAAGUGCAACAUUUCAAGUUUUGUGCAAUGACUAAACUCUGCUCACCUUCAUUCUGGAACAUUCAGGAAAAACGACAGCAAAACUUUUAGACUUGUUGAUUUCAUUUGACAUGAUUUGAUGGCAUCAAUAAAGCUUUCAAAGACA